CCAUCAUCCUCAUCGCCACCACCUGCAACCGGCGCAAACGCGACAAGAGCGGAGACGACAGCGACUCAUACGGGGAGAAGGGCACGCUGGAGCGGGGCAGGAACCACGUGGCAGACAACCCGCUCCUGCCUCUGCACGGGGCCGGGGGAGAAGCUGGCUUUGAGGGUCACUCCUACAGCAGCCAGCCCGGGGGCUUCACCUCGGCUCACCCCGGGGGAAUCGACAUGUGCUCGGCCUCAGAGGACGGCAGCGAGGUGCCUUGUGUGUAUGACUCAGACACCAACAGCAAGCCUCGAGGGAAUAAACACGAGGGAUACUCUACUCUGCCUGGCUAUGGGAACGGUAAAGAGGCAGUGAGGCCCAUCACUAUCUGGAAGGGGAACUCUUACACCACCAUCUCUGCCAGGGACCCUGCCUUCAGUGGCAAAGACAGUGGCAAGGGGGACAGUGACUUCAAUGACAGUGACAGUGAUGUCAGUGGAGACACUGGACUGAAGAAAGAUGGAGCAGUGGUUCCUCCCAUGGGUGGCCAAAAUGCUCUGUGGGCUUGCACCAGUGAAUGUAAGGUCCUGGGUCACUCAGAUCGCUGCUGGAGCCCCUCAGCAGUCAGAGCCCAUGCAGCUCCAUCUCCAGCCCCCACCCUCUCCUCCUUCAGCAGCCACUCCAAAACAGCCUCCCUGCCCCGGGACCCCAACCGCCGGGACAACUUCUACCCGGCCCAGAUCCCCAAAACAGUGGGUCUGCAGAGCGUGUACGAGAAGGUGCUGCACAGGGAAUACGACUACGUUCUGAUCACCCCACCUGUGAGGGUGCAGGAGAUCAGCGACAUCAGCGACAUCACCAUCCCCGUCUACACCCCCACCCCAACACACUGUCCCAUCGAGGAGGUCUAACAGACAUUGCACAAGCUCACUCUAAAAUAAAUGUAUAUUCAAUGUUUUAAUUUAUGAUUCAAUGACAAUGAGAAAUACUGAACCUUUUGGAGGUUCUUUGUUGCAUAUAUACGUUUAUAUCCUAAUAUUUGUGUGUUUCUUUUCAUUGUAAUUUUAAAAAGCCACAUGUGAUCGCCAUUCAAUCACUUUGAGACAUUUUGAUGGACAUGAAGUGUAUUAUAUGCAAGUUUUGUACAUACAGAGGUUUUAUUUUUUAUAAAAGUAAUAAUUAAGGAAAGAUAUGUACAUAGGAAUUGUAAUUAUUGAACUUUAAGCACGCUGACUAUUUAAAAAUGGCCCCAUAAACUGUGCAGUUGGAGGGCCGGUGACCCACAAUGUAUCAAGUUGAUAACAAUGUAUGGAUUUAUUUGAAUGCAAUAAUAAGUAAUUUUACAGAUUUCUUUUUUAUUAUCACAAUAUUCGGAGAGGAAAUAAACU